AUGGCUAUAAAUAUUGCUGGAGCAAUGUCAAUGGCUAGCUUUUAUCUUCUUAUCCUCACAGUCGGCAUCUGGGCAGCAAAAAGAGCCAAAAAAGUUGAAAGAGCGUAUGAGAGUGAUCGUUCUGAAAUGGUAAUGAUAGCUGGACGAAAAAUUGGAUUCAUUCUUGGCAUUCUAACAACCAUGGCAACCUGGGUUGGUGGUGCAUAUAUAAAUGGCACUGCUGAAAUGGUGUAUCGGCCAGAUGCUGGACUGGCAUGGACUGUAUCACCUUGGACCUCUCUACUUUGUUUGGUUAUUGGCGGCUUGUGUUUUGCCAAGAAAAUGCGAGCUGAGAAGUAUGUAACAAUGUUGGACCCAUUUCAGCUGCGUUACGGGAAACGAAUCGCAAGCUUGGUGUUUAUUCCAGCCAUAAUCGGUGAAAUAUUCUGGUCUGCUGCCAUCCUUGCAGCUUUAGGUACAACAUCUAGUGUUAUUCUGGACCUUGAUAAGAAGCUAUCAGUGGUCAUUUCUGCUUGUGUAGCAAUGAUUUAUACAUUACUCGGAGGGCUAUAUUCAGUGGCAUAUACUGAUGUUGUUCAAUUAGGAUGCAUUUUCCUUGGCUUGUGGCUCUGUGUGCCAUUCGCAAUGCUAAAUCACGCUGUUACUGACAUCAAGAUCACAGCAGUUAAGGAGGUCCAUCAAAAACCUUGGCUUGGAAACAUUGAUGACAGGUUUAUUGGAAAAUGGAUAGAUGAUCUUUUGCUAAUGGUGUUGGGAGGAAUACCAUGGCAAGCCUAUUUUCAAAGAGUGCUGGCAUCUUCCUCCAUUAAAAAUGCUCAGAAAUUAUCAAUCGCAGGAGCAUUUGGUGGUUGUAUAAUGGGCAUCCCUUCAGUCCUAAUUGGCUCAGUUGCAGCUUCCACAGACUGGAAUCAGACUUCUUACGGCUCCCAGUCACCUUAUGAGAAAAAUGAAGCUGCCAUGAUUCUACCAAUAGUUCUUCGAUAUCUGUGUCCUCCCUAUAUUUCCAUAUUUGGAAUUGGUGCCAUUGCAGCUGCGGUCAUGUCCUCAACUGACUCUUCUCUUCUUUCAUCAAGUUCCAUGUUCACACAUAAUAUCUACCGAAAGAUUCUCAGGCCAAAGGCAUCAGAGAAAGAAAUUAUGUUCGCAAUGAAGACUACAGUCUUUUUAGUGACAGUACUUGCCACACUCCUUGCUCUUUUUACCAACACUAUCUAUGGUCUUUAUGCAUUAAGUGCUGACUUGGUGCAGUGUGUGGAAUUUUUAUAA